AUGUUUAAAGUAUCUUGUUGUACACUAAGGUGUAUUCAACACCAGACACCCAAGAACAUUAGCUUGUUUAUCCCACGCGCUACUACUUCUAUUACUUCAAUUGCCCAUUAUGCCACAGCUGCAAACGAAGAUCCUGAGCUUGAUCAUCAUAAAAGAUUAGAUAUCCAUCCAUGGCCAAAAACAAAAGAUCCAACUCCAUAUGAAAUCUUCAAUCUUGGAGAACAGGAUAAGAAACUAUCUACGAAAGAAUUGAAGAAGAUACUAAAGAAAACAUAUUUGGCCUAUGUCAAACUAUAUCACCCUGAUACUAGUUUAGUUAUUCAUCAUAAAGGAAAACCACUUUCAUCAGAAGAAAAGAAGAAGCGGUUCGAAUUAGUACAAAAAGCAUAUGAUAUAUUAAAAGACCCUCGUCGUAGAAUUGCCUAUGAGAGAUAUCAAACUACAUCAUGGGAACAACAGACCAGAAUGCCAGAUCCAGCAGAUGGAUUCAGUAAGGAGCAUUUUGAAGCUUAUAGAAGAGCUAAUGCAUUUAGAGGGAAAUAUUCUUUUGAGAAUAAUGAGGAAUUCUGGCGGGCAGCGACGUGGGAAGAUUAUUAUCGGGCAAGAUAUAAGAGACCUGCACCUACUGUUGAAGAAUUGGAGAAGAACAAAUAUAAGAUUCUUUAUGGAGUCUUGGCUGUAGGCGCCAUUGCGUUUGCAUUGCAGAUAUCGAGAGCUGUUGACCGAGUGAAUGAGAGGUUAUUGGACCAGCAAAAAUUAAAUUUGAAGACAAUGAGAGCUUUGAAUGAGUCAUAUGACAAUUAUGGAAUGGGGGAGAAGGAAGCUGAUAGAGUAAGACGAUUUAUAGCUGCAAGAAGAGCUAACUUAGUAGGGAAAUUUGAUGCUACUAUAUCUGAAUUCUCAACCCCACAAGAAGAAGAUAGGCAUGCAUUGGUCCAAUAUGCGAAGAAGAAAGUUAAGAAAUGGGACGAUGAAGAUGCCUAUGGGUUACAGCCAUCUGUAUUACCACUUUCUGAACCAGCAGAAAUUAGUAACUGA